AUGGUGCGAGCUGGCGGGCCCAGGGCGAAGGGAAGCGAAUGCCACUCAAGAUCUCGUGGAGCAGCCAAGCUGCGUGGCCGUUGGCCAAGCGGCUUGGAACAACUCUCAGAGCUUCGAACGAAGAGGCUAACGCCUUUGGAUCCAGUUCUGCUGUGCACCACGAAUAGUGCGUGUGAAAAAGCUGGCCAUUGGCCCAUGGCUGUCAUGGCACUCCAAGCAGCCGUGCGUUCCAAGGUUUCACCGGAUGAAUUUUUGUGGAGUCCCAUCUUGCGGGGCGCUGUUUGGCACAAAGCCUCUGCAAUCCUUUUUGCCUUGCCUCAGAGACGACUCGAAUUUGGCGCAGUCAGCGCCAGCGCUGCAAUCUCCACCUCCCACAGCUCCUGGCAGUGGGCGCAGUCGCUCCUCAGGAGCCUGGCAGAGGUCAAGCAGCGUUUGAAUCUUGUCAUUUUCAAUGCGGCUGGCACCGCUGCUGGCUCUAAUGGAGCGCACUGGCAGAUGGCGGUGCAGCAUCUGAAGCGUUUGGAGCAUCGUUUUUUCGUUCCGGACGAAGUGAGCUUCCUCGCGGUCUUUAAAUCGUUCCAGGUGACUCAGCAGUCCUGGGACAUUGCCUUCCGUCUUCUAUUGGAAGAUGGUUUUCACUAUUUUCAAUCAAAGACCGUGACGGCCUUCCUGGGCGGUGCGAGUCGACAGUGGCGUUUCGCCAUCCUUCUGCAAGAGCGACUCAGAAAAGCAGGCCUGGAAAACGAUCCAGCGCUGCAACGGGGUGUGCUGAAGACCCAGGGAUCAGUGGGGCAGUGGCGACGAGUCUUCAAACAGCUGACCGUGGACCCAUCUGAUGCCGUACGUGCUUCCAACGGCUUGAGCGCCUGUGUCACUGCACGGCAGUGGCAGCAAGGGCUGCAGCUACUGGAGCAGCUGAGGAGGCGCUGGCAAUGCGACCUGGUGUGUCUGCACGGAGCGGCCAGCUGCCUUCGCUGGCCUCAAGCGCUGUGGCUGUUGCGAAGCAGCUGGAAGAGCAGGAUGCAACGCGACGUGGUGGGCUUCGGUACCCUGAUGAGUGCAGCCGAGUCUGAAUGGCCUUUGACACUGAGUUGUUUGCAAGAGAUGUCUUACCACAAGGUCUCCACCUCGCGCGUGGCGCGCAACGCGGCGCUGGGCGCCGUGGGGUCGACGUCGUCGUCGACGUCGUCGAAGAUGUCGACGUGGCGCCGCGCAGUGCAGCUGUUUGGGAUGGAAGAGCAGCCAGGUGAAGUGACCUUUCGCGCUUUGCUGGCUGCCUUAGAGGAAAAUGGCGAAGAAGCCAGGGCCCUGCAGUUGUUGUGGGAGGCGGACUCAGCAGGAGUCGUGAAGUCCAGUUCUUUCUACCUCUGGGCCUUCGCGCGGCUGACGAUUUCAGACCCUGAAUGCCUGGCUGAUGCGCUGCAGUUCGCCCUGCGCGGUCUUAAAUCUUCCACUUGUGUGCCACAGGAGCUGUCCACCUUGCUUUGGUCAUCGUCUUCUUUGGGCGCCAGCAACGAGCAGUUCACGCAGUUGAUCGCCGAGCAGGCAUUGCAUCAGCUGUCCGGCUUCAGCUUGGGCGAUUUGCUUUUCCUCACCCUGGGCGCCUGUGACCUCUUGACGGAGUCCGUGGUCAGUGCAGCUGCAGUAGACCUUGGCCGAGAGCUGGAGAAGGAGAUGUUGCGCCGCUUCCAGCGCUUUGAAGCUCCAAAGUCACUGAACCCUGGCAGUCUGAAGGCUGAAAGUGCGGCUCUUGCAGAGGACAUGCUGGGCGUGGUCUGGGCCUUGAACUUGGCCCAGAUGGGCACCACGCUCUAUGCAGCGGCCAGCCGUGCCAUGCGAAGGUUGGCCCAUCGCUUGGAUGGACAGAGCGAUUUGCAGCAGCCGGCGAUCGCCAAGGUGAAUGAAACUGUGACACUUCAACUUUCCAAUGAUCAACCUGAGUUGCACCCCUUGGGCGAUCGGCUCCUGAUUCUCAAGCCCUGCGGUUGGGAGACGGCCGGUGCCAUGGAGGAUGCCAAGCAGUUACCGCAGCACCUGCAGGCCUUGGGCUUUGAUCGACCGGUGCUGCGAGAUCAGCAGCAUCAGUGCGGCUUCAUUCACCGCUUGGACGUGCCUUCCAGUGGACUGUUGCUUUGUGGUCUCACCUAUCAGGCCUAUUACAACCUGAAGCUACAGCUGUCGACGGGUCGUAUCCGACGCGACUACCUGGUCCUUUGCCAUGGCUUUCUGAGUGAUCGCCACUACAUCCGCGCGCGGGUGACGUGGAAGGAUGCAGACCCAGGGCCCAGCCGCUGUGGCCGCGGCAAGCCCAGCAUCACCUUCCUGCGUCGGGAGGCUUCGGCCUGGCUACCUGGGUACCAGGCAUCCACCCUGCUGGACAUCAGUCUGGGAACCGGACGGCGGCAUCAGAUUCGGUCGCAUUUGGCUUUCAUUGGCCAUGCUGUGGUGUGCGAUAGCAAGUACUGUGCAGAUGAGACCUUCCGGCAGGAUGCCCCACUCUGCCCCCAGAACUGUCUCCACCGUUAUGGCCUGGCGCUGCUCGAGGGCUCCGAGGCUCGGAGCUUCGCGGCGCCGCUGCCGGAGGCUUUUGGAGCGCUGCUGCAGGAGUUGGAAGGAAAGGCUCCUUCGGAUGCAGAAGUUUUGAAGCGUCACACCUGUGCAUGCACUUCAAGGCUCAUCGUGCGACUAAUUGACUCUGGUGAUCAGUAUGCGGUGAAACCUGAGAAUCUCAGGACCACCGAGGAAGAGGCCAAUGAGCUCAUGGGCAGCGAGCUGGAGGAUGUGUCGAUCUACAACCCGGCACUUCAGUCCGAGGCUGCCAAGCUCAGAGAGUCUGGAAAACUGAACGAUCUUCAGAACGAUCCAGAGCUGAAGCCCGUCUUCGAGGAGUGUUGUCGCCACAAGUUGGCGAUUCCCUGA